AUGUCUUUACUUUUCUACAGAAACAACUCUUCCAAAUAUGACAACAUCCCCUUCAAAGUUGUUAUCCCAGGAUCUCCUGCUGUCUACCAGCUGAUGCCAAAGAAAGAGAACAUUGGAACUCUGACAAGAAUGACUCUUGGUGAAAAAAAUCCAAACAAACUAAACAAAACCAUCUUACUUGUUGGUGAAACUGGAACAGGAAAAUCUACUCUGAUCAACGCUCUGGUCAACUACGCCAUGGGAGUGAAGUGGGAGGAUGAAGUCUGGUUUCAGAUCGUAGAGGAGGAGAAAAGAAGACAAUCACGAAGUCAGACAUCAGAUGUGAUCGUGUACCAGAUCUUUGGUUUUGAAGAUGAAACUCUGCCCUACUCUCUGACCAUCAUUGAUACUCCUGGAUACGGAGACACCAGAGGGAUCGAACAUGAUGACAUCAUCAGUCAAAGAUUAUUUGACUUGUUUCGCACAGUCGAUGGAGUUCAUGAGAUUGAUGCAGUGGGUCUGGUGAUGAAAGGGAGUGAGAAUCGACUGAGUGACCGACUGAUGUACAUCUUUGAUUCAGUGAUCUCUCUGUUUGGAAAAGACCUGGAGAAGAACAUUGUCACUCUCAUCACACACUCAGAUGGUGUGACACCUGAAAAUGUUCUGGAAGCUCUUGAAGAUGCAAACAUUAAAUUUGCCAGAGAUGAGGAUAAUGAUCAUGUUUAUUUUAUGUUCAACAACCGCCAGAGCACAGAGAAAACAAAGAAGAAUAAGGUUGCUUUAAAAAGUGCAUGGGACUUAACAAUGGACCAAAUGGCUCACUUCACUAAUUUCAUGAAAGAAACUUUACCUAAGAAGCUGGAGACAACUGUUGAAGAGUUAAAUACACACGCCAGACUGACAGCCUGCAUCAACAACCUGCAAGAAAGAAUUGAGUUGAUUGAUCUAAAACAGAAAGAAAUCCAGCAGACUCAUGAAGCUCUGAACAAACAUAAAGAAGAAAUGAAAAACAAGGAGAAGUUCACUGUAGAAGUUGAUGAGCCCUACAAAGAUAAAGAACCUAUCAGCGGUGGUCAGGGGGGGUUAUUUUAUGAAGAAGCGGUCUGCUGCAAAACAUGUGAGGAAAACUGUCACUAUCCCGGCUGCACAGUGGCCCUGACUCCAGAAAGCUGUGAGGUCAUGGAAGAUGGCUGCUGUACUGUAUGUGGUUGUUCUGUAUCAGCUCAUGUCAAAGAAGAGUGGAAGUAUGUGAAUAAGACAAAAAAAGUUAAAAAGGUCCUGAAAGAUGUGAAGGAGAAGUUUACAAAGAACAAGGCAGGAAGUGAGAGCAAGUUGAAUCUUUUGGAAACUCUUAAGGAGAACAUGGAAGAACUUCAGAAAGAAAAACAUAUGUUGUUGGACAAGUUCUUUCAGCGUGUUGUCAAACUGGAGCAGAUCGCCCUGAAGGUUGAUUCACUGUCCACUCAUGUUCCCUUGGACUUCCUGAUUGAGAAGAUGAAGGAGAAAGGAGAAAUGGAGAAGGAGAGGAAACUGGAGGAGAUGAAAUGUCGAAUGGAUGAACGAACCAGAGCAGCAUCACGGUACGGGUUUGAUAAACUAACAGCAGCUGGUAAAGCAAAAUGCAAAUGA